GAGGAUGCUUUAAACCUCCUUAUGAAUCGGUGCUGCGCGCAUUGAUCGGUUUUCAGCGGCACACACCGGUGAAAAUAAAAAGAUCGCUCCCAUAUCCAGCACCUUUUUGAACAACUGAACAAACUUCAUCUACCUCAACCUCCUCCUCCACAGCAGCAACAGGACCUCCUCGCGACCGACAUCCACGGGACUAUCUCACUUGUUUAGGCAGAGAAGAGCUCAGCUGAGAGGACUGAGCUUACUGAUUUAUUUUUCUUAUCUUUUAUUUUUGUUUUUCUCCUAAAACAUACUCGCCAUGUCUUGCGCCGAUACGUCGGAUCAGGAUCGGCGGUUCUGCGUUUUGUCUUGGGAUCAGGUGCAGCGUUUGGACUGGAUCCUGGGGGAGGCGAUCCCCAUCCACGGCCGCGGAAACUUCCCCACUCUGUCCGUGCAACCGCGGCAGAUCGUCCAGGUGGUGCGGGCGAGGCUGGAAGAGAGGGGUGUGUCCGUUAAAGACGUGAGGCUGAACGGAUCAGCUGCCAGCCAUGUGCUCCAUCAGGACACCGGACUGGGCUACAAGGACCUCGACCUGAUCUUCGGUGUGUCGCUGAGAGACGAUCAGGCCUUCCGUCUGGUGAAGGACGUCGUGCUGGACUGCCUGUUUGACUUCCUGCCAGCCGGCGUCUCUAAGGAGCGCAUCACGGCACUAACCCUCAAAGAAGCCUACGUACAGAAAUUAGUGAAAGUCUGUAAUGACACGGACCGCUGGAGCCUCAUCUCGCUGUCCAACAACAUGGGCAAGAACGUGGAGCUAAAAUUUGUCGACUCUUUACGGCGGCAGUUUGAAUUCAGCGUGGACUCCUUCCAGAUUUGCCUGGACUCCCUGCUGUUGUUCGACCGCUGCUCAGAGACGCCCAUGUCCGAGAGCUUUCACCCCACCGUGAUCGGCGAGAGCGUGUACGGGGACUUCAAGGAGGCCAUGGAGCACCUGUGCCAGAGGACCAUAGCUACGCGCAGCCCGGAAGAGAUCCGAGGGGGUGGCUUAUUGAAGUACUGCCACCUGCUGGUGCGAGGGUUCACACCCUCGUCGGAGGCGGACAUGAAGCACAUGCAGCGCUACAUGUGCUCGCGCUUCUUCAUUGACUUCUCCGACAUAGUGGAGCAGCAGAGGAAACUGGAGGCCUACCUGCAAAACCACUUCUCCGGGAUGGAGCACAAACGGUACGAGUGCCUGAUGACUCUUCACCACGUAGUGAACGAAAGUACCGUGUGUCUGAUGGGACACGAGCGGCGCCAGACGCUCAGCCUCAUCUCCAUGCUGGCGCUGAAGGUGCUGGCGGAGCAGAAUGCCAUCCCCACCGUGACCAACGUCACGUGUUACUACCAGCCAGCUCCGUACGUGCAGGACAUCAACUUCAGCAAUUACUAUAUUGCACACGUGCAGCCGCCACAGCUCUCACCGUGCAGUAAUUCCUAUCAGACGUGGCUGCCCUGUAGCUGAACUGGCUGAAAAUGGAAGUAGAAAAAAAAAAUGCAAAUAAAUUCAAACAUUCAUGCCAAAUGUGUCUUAACAUGUACUGCUUUACAUCUGAUUGAGCCGACACAUACAAUUUUCUCACUUGUGUUCUCUUGCAAAAUAUCUGUGAGAUUGCUGGUAAUUUCAAAAGAUGAUAUCUUCUUUAAGUAUUUAAGUCUUUAUGAAGCUUUAUAUAUGUUGAAAUACAUUUUCGAGGAAAUAAACGUUAAAGCUAGUGUUUUUUUUCACAGUUUGGCUUUAUUAUUAUUCUUUUUAAUUCCGUACUGGACCAAAGACAUAUUUGUCGUUUAGAAAGGGAAUGUGGUUAUGAUCCCAAGUGCCUAAAAUGAACCAUGAAAUGUUCUAAAAAAACAUUUGUAACUGUGCAUUCAGUGGUUUCUAGAGUACUCUGACUCUUUUUUCAGGAACAGAAGCAUUCAUUUUUGUGAAAUUAAAAACAGGAAAUAAACUACUUUAUUUUGUA